AUGAACCAAAUGAACGUCGGCAUGAAUCCCGGGAUGGCAGGCCCCGUGGGUGGUGUCCCAAUGAUGAACAACGGCUCCGCGGCUCCUCGUAAUGACGGCACCAUGAAUAUUCCUGAACAAAUGAUCAACAAUCUCAACACCUAUAUCUACGACUACUUUUUGAAACGCGGCUACCACGACUGCGCCCGCGCCCUCGUUCAGGAUGAAAAUAUCAAACUCAAUACCGAGUCCGGCACCAAGCAAAGCCCCGGUAAUCGGCGUGAUGAUGUGAACGGAAUCGAUGGCGAUGCGAUGAUGACGGAUGGCAAGGACGGGGAGAAGAUCAAGAUCCCCGAUGAUCUUCCUCGUCCUAUUAUCCCUAGCGAGAGUUUGCAGUCCUCAUUCCUGCUGGACUGGUUUAGUCUCUUCUGGGACUUUUUCUGGGCCCAGCGGAAGCAGGGCAACCGUAAUGACGUGAGGCAGUACCUCCAGCAUACUCAGAACAUGAUGCGCCUUCGAGAACAACAGCAGCAAAACCACAUGAUGCGCCCGCAGCAACCCAUGAUGCCCGGCCACAUGGGCCAGAUGAACAUGCGUGCCCGCAACGGCAUGGUCCCGCCUAACAACCUAACCAAGACCGUUUUGCAGAAUAACACCUCCGGCCUAUCCCAACAACAGCAGCAGCUGGCCAAUUUCCAACAGAAACAGCAGUUGCAGAUGAUGCAGCAGAUGCAACGCGAACAUUCGGAGAUAGACAUGAACGGGAACCGACCACAGUCCCCCGCCUCCACCGAUAACGCUCCUUCCCCAUCGAAAAAACCUCGCCUGGAGGGUCACCCGAACGGACAGCAAUUGGCACCUGGCGGACGGGGACAGGGACAAGGAAUGCCAGGCCCGAAUCAACAGAUGAUGAUGCCGACCGGAAUGGCUCAGCGGGCGAUGAACCCAGCGCAAUUUCAGCAGUUCAACCAGGGACAGGUGGCGCAACAAAAAUCCAUGCAGGUAUAUGCUCAAAACUUAGCCUUUCAUCACUCGCGCUCAGCAUUGAAUUCCCAGGGUAUUCCGAAUGGUGGUAUGAUGAACCCCGGUGUGAUGCCAAACCAGGGGGAUCUGGUGGCGAUGCCUGAUGGCCAGGGAAUGUACCCAAUGGGUGCAGAGUACUACAACGCCAGCGGCCAACUCGCUCAGGUCCGCCAGGGGAUGGCAGGCACACCGAACGGUCAGCACGGCAACCACGCUCUCCAAGAUUAUCAGAUGCAGCUUAUGCUGCUCGAGCAGCAGAACAAGCGCCGCCUGAUGAUGGCUCGCCAGGAGCAGGACACCAUGUCUCGUGACGGCCAGCCGAUGCCUGGACAGGGAGCCUUGCAACCGGGCACCUCUCCACAGGGCAGCCGGACGGGCACAUCACCAAACCCGAGCGAUCAAAUGAAACGAGGCACACCUAAGAUGCCUCAAAGUGGUCUCCCUGGAUCGCCUAGCGCUGGCGAUCUCGGUCAGAACCGCGGAUCACCAGGAUCCAUGCAUCUCAACGGUCAGAUGCCCGAUAUGGGCGCUCAAUUCUUCACUGGCCCGGGUGGACCUAACAUGCGCCCCCCGAGCUCUAACCCGUCUUUUAGCGGUCCCCAGAUGGGCCAGCCCAUCCCUGCCAAUGCUGCUAACCGCAUCCCUAGUGGUCAGUGGGCACCAGGACAAAUGCCGCCUCAGCAUUCUCCUGCGACUCAGCCUCAAGUUGGCACACCGCAAGAACGAGGCAACAUGCCUCCACCUCAAGCACCGCCUACUGUCGGAGGUAACGCCGGCCGUGCCCAGGAGUCUCCUGCUGGCAGUAAUGCGCCCCCUACCCCUCAGCCACCUUCCAAGCCCGCACCCAAGAAGCGAGACAAGAAGACCCAAGCCAAGGGAGGUAACAAGAAGGGCCAGGCUGCGGCUGCUAAUGCUGCGUCCGCCGAGGUCAGCGACCCGUCGCAAACUCCCAAUCCGCCUACUCCAGUCACGCCUCAUCCUCCCAACAACACCUUUAAAGGUGGAGCCAAUGCGAAUAACGCACCACCUCAGCAAGCCUCUGCUCCUGCUCCUCCUACGAUGGUUCAAUCUACCCCAGACCAGUCUCAAUUCGGUGCAGAUAUCAACAUCACUGAUCAGACUCCUUUCAACCUUGACUUCAGCGCUUUGGAUAAUCCCGAUAUCUUAGAGAGCUUCGACUUCGAUACAUUCUUGAACACCGAUGCUGCUGGAACCGACUUUGGGUUCGACCCAACUAUGCCUUACGCCCAAGACGGUGUUGAGACCGGGGCUGGCGACGGUCUCUGA